GGCACAUAAUUAUUAAGAAACUUAAAUCAUCAACAUUUCUGGAUUUUUGAUAGUGAAGAAAUAAAAUUAUUUCCUGAAAGUAUUUUUUAGAAUGUUCACUGAUGUAUAAAAACUGUUAGCAUCUAAUUAAAGAUCACUAAGGGUUAAAUACUUGUUCUUUGGCCCCUAUUGCAUACACCCUGCCAAAACAUCCUCUAAGCUUUUAAAUAUUGCUUCGAAGGUCUGCGUUUUUAUUUCCAGGGAAAAAGAGUUUUGUCCCACAGUCAGCAGGCCACUAGUUUACUAACUUCCAGUCACCUUGAUUUUUGCAACAAUGAAGACUCUGCAGUCUACACUUCUCCUGUUAUUGUUUGUGCCUCUGAUAAAGCCAGCACCAUCAACUCAGCAGAACCCACGCAUUACCCAUGAUUAUGGAACAGAUAAUUUUGAAGAAAGUAUAUUUAGCCAAGAUUAUGAGGAUAAAUACCUGGAUGGAAAAAACAUUAAGGAAAAAAAAACUGUGGUAAUAACUGAUGAGAAAAGUCUUCAAUUACAAAAAGAUGAGAGUGUAACACCAUUACCCCCCAAAAGAGAAAAUGAUGAAAUGCCCACAUGCCUGUUGUGUGUGUGUUUAAGUGGCUCUGUAUACUGUGAAGAAGUCGACAUUGACACUGUACCACCUCUGCCAAAGGAAUCAGCCUAUCUUUAUGCACGAUUCAACAAAAUUAAAAAGCUGACUGCCAAAGAUUUUGCAGACAUACCUAACUUAAGAAGACUUGAUUUUACGGGAAAUCUGAUAGAAGACAUAGAAGAUGGUACUUUUUCAAAACUUUCUCUGUUAGAAGAACUUUCACUUGCUGAAAAUCAACUACUAAAACUUCCAGUUCUUCCUCCCAAGCUCACUUUAUUCAAUGCAAAAUAUAACAAAAUCAAGAGCAGAGGAAUCAAAGCAAAUGCAUUCAAAAAAUUGAACAACCUUACCUUCCUCUACUUGGACCACAAUGCCCUGGAAUCUGUGCCUCUUAACUUACCAGAAAGUCUUCGUGUAAUUCAUCUUCAGUAUAACAACAUAACUUCAAUUACAGAUGAUACAUUCUGCAAGGCUAAUGACACCCGUUACAUUCGGGACCGAAUUGAAGAGAUACGCCUGGAGGGCAAUCCAAUUGUCCUGGGAAAGCAUCCAAACAGUUUUAUUUGCUUAAAAAGAUUACCCAUAGGUUCAUACUUUUAACCUCUAUCAGUACAACAUGUAAAUUAAAGUACAUACAUACUUAUACUCUCUCAAUAAUGUCGAAAGGAAUAUAAGUAUUGGUUUCAUAUUAGCUUUGUAUCCCUUUAUGAAGGAAUUUAAUGUUUUCAGCAAAGAUGUUCAAAAAUUUUACAUGUUAUAAGUAAAAAGACUGAAUUCCUACAUUCAAACAAAGUAAAGUGAAAAAUACGUCAACAGCAUUACAAAUUCCCUCUCGUUUAUAUGUGACUACCACUUAAAAGUCUGAACUGUAUCCAUGAAAGUAUCAACAUUAUUUCCAAUAUAAAUAUAAAUUAUACAUUAGAAUCAAGUUGUUGCUGUAUUUUUAUGUAAGUACCCAAAUAUGAGGUGCAUUAUUGCUAUUACUAAUGAUGUAAGAGGAUAAGUCCAAGAAACUUUCAACUGUUUGUUUUUCUUGGCCUUUACUUUAUUUCAAAACCAUUGAAGGCAGAUGUUCCAAAAACUUUGAAAAGCUAAAUAUUUCCAGUGAUCUCCCAUUUUUCUUUUAUAAUUCAUAAUUAUUCCUUUUGAAGUAGGAACUUUGUUUUCUUCCUAUCAAGGCAGCUAUUUUAUUAUAUUUUCACUUAGCAUGAGAAAUAGGAUAAUAGUCUCAUACCUAGGUAAAAUUUUGUAAAUAAAGUAGGACUCCAGUCUCUCAUAAAGAGCUAAUGCAGAAAUGUUCAAUGUUCUUCUGCUUUGUGGUCACACAGUUAUUGUCAUUUGUAAGCUUGUAAAAUAUAUGCUUUUAUCUUAAUAUUAACAUUCUAUGUCUACCACAAAACAUAUUUUAAAAGUCAAGCAAGCUAAGACCAGUAUGCUUAUAAGAAAAAAAUCAAUAGUCCAUCUAUUUCUCAGAGGAUAGAUAACAAGUUUCUCCACUCAAAGAAUUUUCAAAUCUAAGAUAACUGCAAAUAUUUUCUUUGACAUUAUAGGAAUGAAAAUCUCAUCAAUAAAUCUGUCUAAAGAUAAGAAAUGUAUUCUGUGGUGGCACUACUCUUUCCUAGCCAUUUAGACCCAUGUUUAUCCUAAUAAACUCAAUCUCACAAUAAAGUUUCUGUGCAACAUUUUCUAAAUACCCAGGAUGAACUGAUAUUAUUAAUGGUGAGAAUCUUAUCUUCAAUUUAAGAGUGAUAAUUUAUGAUGACUCAAUACUUCCAGAUUAAAGUUACUAAAAUAAGUUUCCUCUGCCUACAUCCCACUCAAGUCUUAGUCCACACAUUGCUUUUAAGACUGAGACUAUCAGUAUUUUAGAAACAUAAGUCUGAACUGUAUCCAUGAAAGUAUCAACAUUAUUUCCAAUAUAAAUAAAAAUUAUACAUUAGAAUCAAGUUGUUGCUGUAUACCAUUGCCAGAAUACACACUUAUUCCCAUUUAUAAGCACCUUUCUGUUUUUUCCUGCCUAGAAUGAUAUAUGUUUUUCAAUUACCCUCCAUCCCAGAUGAAAAUUUUUUAUUAAAGCAUCUGUGAUAUCUUAAGGCCACAAUUACUCUUCCAGUGAUUAUUAACUUGCUCACUUAUUCUGAUAACUAAUGAUUAUAAUUAUUAUACUGCUUUCUCAUCAUUUGUGCGCAUGCCUCAUUUCCCUAUCACUGAAAGCUUACUAAAAGCACUGAACAUGUAGCUUUAUACUUUCAAAGUGCUUAGCACAAGAGUGAGCACAUGUGAACUGAAUAUACAAUAAAUAUUGCA